GCCCCGGGCGGGACGCCUGUAUCCAGCCGGCCGCUCCUCACCGAGUCGCCCCGCACCCGCAGCCCUCGGCACCCAUGACGCCCCCGCGGAUGAAGCCCCGAGCUGCCAGAGUGAGGCGGAAAGUGGCCAGAGACAGAGAGCAUGCACUGGCGCGUCGGAUUCGCCUGGACGGGGUCGUGUGUGGUUGAUCUUGGCCAGAACCAGAGCUUCUCCUCCGGCCUGCCGGGCUCCGAUGAGCAGCUCUCGUUUUAUGGGUACAUCAUCGCCUACCCACUGCAGGACUACGGCGGGAUAAUGUCAGCUUUGGGCUCGGACUCGUGGUGGCGGAAAACGCUGUAUUUGACCGGAGGGGCUCUGCUCGCCGCCGCUGCCUAUCUGCUGCACGAACUGCUGGCCAUCAGAAAGGAGGAAGAGCUGGACUCUAAAGAUGCCAUCAUACUCCACCAGUUCUCCAGGCCCAAAACUGGCGCCCCGUCCCUGUCCCCUUUCUGCCUUAAGAUGGAGACCUACCUCCGCAUGGUUGACCUGCCCUACCAGAACUACUUUGAUGGGAAGCUUUCACCGCAGGGGAAGAUGCCGUGGAUCGAGUACAACCAGGAGCAGGUGUGUGGCACAGAAUUCAUCAUCGACUUCCUGGAGGAGAGGCUAGGCGUGAGCCUCAACAAGAGCCUGACACCGCAGGAGAAGGCCAUGUCCCGCGCCAUCACCAAAAUGGUUGAGGAACAUUUCUACUGGACCAUAGCUUACUGCCAGUGGGUGGACAACCUGGAGGAGACCCAGAAGAUGCUGUCGGUGAGCGGACCGCUGAGCGACCUGCUCAAGUGGAUCCUGAGUCACCUGACCGGCGGGAUCAUCAAGAGGGAGAUGUACGGGCAUGGGAUUGGGCGGUUCACUAAGGAGGAGGUUUACGCUCUGAUGGAAAAGGACAUGCGCACCCUGGCCACUCUGCUAGGUGAUAAGAAGUACCUUAUGGGUUCUAAGCUUUCAACAGUAGACGCUGCAGUGUUCAGUCACCUGGCUCCUGCUAUGUGGACGCUACCAGGAACACGUCCGGAGCAGCUAAUCAAAGGUGAGCUGAUCAACCUGGCCAUGUACUGUGACCGUAUCCGCCGGCGUUUCUGGCCCGAGUGGUUUGUGGACCUGGAGGACUUCUGCUACAACGACACCACAGAGGGCAGCGACUCACCCUCCAAACUUCCUGAUCUGGGUCUCUACUCCCGCACGGACACUUUCCAGGAAGAUACACACACACACACUUCACACUCCCACACACCGCAGGACCCACUGUCGCCCGACAGCGACCCUACAGGCCACUCGCUGUAUGACUCUGACAUGGACACAGAGUGCUCUGAAAUAGACCAGCUCAAGUGUUGA